GAAGCAUAACAUGUUACUAACAGAUAAUUAUGUGUUCAACCAUAGUACGAACAAACAGAGCUGUCACUUUCACAGAUGGUUGUUAAACUCGUAACAGUCGCCUAAUUAUUCUGCGUGAAGUGUCACUUGAACUUUUUUAUUCAGAUAUCAAGAUAGUUCUGUCUGUCCUGUUGUGUAUAUUUUAUUCGGUUUUGAAAAUUGUUUUUACAAACUUUAAUGCAGUGUUAAAAAGAAAAGAUGUUCAUUUUUAGAACUUCCCGCAAACUCUACAAAAGAGGAGCCUUCAUAGGAAUCAUUAUUCUAUUAACAAUAAUCUUGGUCAAUAUCGCAUACUUCCAGUAUGAAGUUAUGUUGGCUCUUCAAAAAUCAUCCUCAGCUAACUCCAUACAUGAUGAAACAGUUGAAACCCAUUACAAACUGUAUUCAAAUCAAUGGCAACCAGUUGAUGGGAUGAGCCACAAAAUGUUUGUUUACUCUGCGUAUUACGAUGACAGAAAUAAUGGAAAUAUGAUUCGCAUCAUAGGUCUCUCUGAACCUGGUUCCAGUGAUGACAUAAAGUGUAAACUCCAUUUUCAAAAUGCUGAAAUUGAAAUCUCAGCCUAUGAUCAGCCCUUAGAUAACACGGAAGCAGAUCUAGUUGCGGUGUUUGUAGCAUGUGCUCUACCGGAAGGGCUGAAGCCACCCAGAGCUGUUUCCGUCAAUUCAAGUUCAAACCAGAAGAUCUCCAACAUGUUACUGGUACAACGGAUCCAACCUUGGAAUAAGCUCAAGAAAAAUAACGCAGAUACUUUGGCUGUGUGUGUGACACCUCUAAAUGAAAAUUACAGUCAGAAAAUUAGAUUGAUUGAGUUUAUUGAGCUGAACACCAUUAUGGGAGUAGAUCACUUUAUUUUUUAUGUAAAGUCUCUGUCAGAGGAUUUUCGUUGUUUACUUACUGAUUAUGAAAAGCAAGGUCGUGUCAGUGUGAAGAACUGGAAUUUGCCAAUCUCAGCUAGGCAAAACAACAACGACCAUGAUGCAGCAUCCAACGACUGUCUUUAUCAGACAAUGGCGGAGUACACAUACACUACGUUUUUAAGUAUUGAUGAAUUUUUAGUACCAAAGAAGGCCUCAUCUUUAAAGGAUUUAUUGAGGUUCAACGAAGGAAAGAGAGAUAGCAAAAACACUGCAGCGUAUUUGUUUAAAGUGGCAAACUUCUAUUUGGAGUUACCAGACGUGAACUGGAACGGGAUAAACUAUAAUACUGGUGUCUAUCUAAUGACAAUAUCCAAAACUUACCGGAAAAUCGACAGUAGCAGAGCUACAAAGGCUAUUUGUAAACCCACAGCUGUGCUACAAGUCUUGCGGAAAAGGGAACUGCAACUGAUUUCAGGUUUCCACUCAUCACCUAUCAGAGAGCAGUAUGGUUUGUGUCAUCGGUACAGACUUGCACCAGCUGGUCAGUCGUCCCACCCAGAUGAAGCCAUACAGGACCUCUCGGCUCGCAAGUUCACCCCACAACUGCUGCAGGCAUUUUCUAAGCAGUACCAGACAUCUAUGCCCCACUGUUCCCUUCCCAGUGAUUGGGGUAUCAUUCUGAAGCCUGCUGAUGUACCGCUUCAGAAGCCUGAUGUCCCACUUCAGAAUGUUACACUAAUGAAUACACUCUAGUUUGCCUACUGAUAUUGUAUAUAAAAAUAGUUAUUA